AACUGCAAUGGCUUUCAAGCUCUGGGAGCGCAUCUCCCAGGCGGAUAAUGUAUUUCAAUCGUUACGCCCACUCACCUAUAUCUCUCUGCUGGGCUUGGCCCCUUUUCGCCUUAAUCUCAAAGCAGCCGAUAAGGAGGUUCACACAUCGACAUAUUCACUUGUGGCCGGAAUCGUUCAUUUUCUGUUCUUUGUCCUGUGCUUUUUGGCCUCCAUGAGGAAUGGCGAUUCCAUAAUUGGUUAUUUCUUUCAAACAAAUAUCACCAAAUUGGGUGAUAGCACCGUCAAAUUGACUGGCAUUUUGGCCAUGUGCAGCAUUUUCGGAUUUGUCAUUAUCAAACGUCAGCGUUUCGUUUCCAUCAUUCAAAAUAUAAUUGUGGUCGAUGAAAUAUUCGUUAGAUUGGGCAUGAAAUUGGAUUACAGAAGGAUAUUAUUAAUCUGUUUCCUAAUCUCAGUGGGCAUGCUAACUUUCAAUGUGAUCUAUUUGUGUGUCAGUUAUGCCUUGCUAAUAAGUGCCACCUUUUCACCGUCAUUUGUGACAUUUACCACAUUUGCCUUGCCGCACAUUAACAUCAGUUUUAUGGUCUUUAAGUUUUUAUGUACCACACAUUUGGCCAGAAGUCGUUUUAGUAUGCUUAACGAGAUCCUUCAGGACAUUCUUGAUGCUCACAUCGAGCAGUAUAAUGCUCUGGAAAUUUCACCAAUGCAUUCAGUGGUCAAUAAUAAUCAUUACGCAUACCGCUUACGUAACAUGAUCAGUACACCCAUGAAGCGGUACAGUGUUACCUCAAUAAUACGCCAAAAUCCGGAAUAUGCCAUCAAACAGGUUUCGAAUAUACAAAAUUUACUCUGCGACAUUUGUCAAACCAUUGAGGAGUAUUUUACAUAUCCUUUAUUGGGUAUUAUAGCCAUAUCGUUUUUGUUUAUACUCUUCGACGAUUUCUAUAUACUGGAAGCCCAGCUGAAUCCGAAGCGAUUGGAUAAAUUUGAGGCUGAUGAGUUUUUUGCCUUUUUCCUUAGCCAAAUGAUCUGGUAUAUUGUCAUUAUAUUUCUCAUUGUGGAGGCAAGCAGUAGAACAAUUCUGCAGAAUAGCAUUACUCCGGCCAUGGUUCAUAAGAUUCUCAAUAUUACGGAUGAUCCAGAGUUACGUGAUCGACUAUUCCGAUUAUCGUUGCAAUUGUCCCAUCGCAGAGUUAGAUUUACCGCAGCGGGAUUAUUUCCUUUGGAUCGUACGCUCUACUUUACAAUAACUGGAGCUGCCACUACUUAUCUUAUCAUUCUAAUACAAUUUCGUUAUACCCAUCACAUGGAGGAAUCAAACGAUAACAACAACAAUACUCAACAAUCUAAUAUUUUCUAA